AUGGUGGCUCCACGACUUUUCCGCCCAGCAGCUCGUCUGGUCUCCUCGCGCUUUGCGGCCGCCCCUCUUCGCUCUGCCUUUGCCCAGUCUGCAUGCGCCCAAUCGGCUCUGCGCGUCCGAGGUUAUGCUUCCGAGAGCGGCACCAAGGAGGUGACCGUUCGCGACGCCCUGAACGAGGCCCUGGCGGAGGAGCUGGAGCUCAACGAGAAGACUUUCAUUCUUGGAGAGGAGGUUGCACAGUACAACGGCGCUUACAAGGUCACUCGGGGCUUGUUGGAUCGGUUUGGUCCGAAGCGAGUUAUUGACACCCCCAUUACUGAGGCUGGUUUCACUGGCCUCGCUGUUGGUGCUGCUCUUGCCGGUCUGCACCCUAUUGCCGAAUUCAUGACCUUCAACUUCGCCAUGCAGGCGAUUGACCAGAUUAUCAACUCCGCCGCUAAGACCCACUACAUGUCCGGUGGUAUCCAGCCUUGCAACGUUACUUUCCGUGGCCCCAAUGGCUUUGCUGCCGGCGUCGCCGCCCAGCACUCUCAGGACUACUCAGCCUGGUACGGUAGCAUUCCCGGUCUCAAGGUUGUUUCACCGUGGUCCUCUGAGGAUGCCAAGGGUCUGUUGAAGGCUGCUAUCCGUGACCCCAACCCAGUCGUUGUGCUAGAGAACGAGCUUAUGUACGGUCAAGCGUUCCCCAUGAGCGAGGCUGCUCAGAAGAACGACUUUGUCCUGCCUAUUGGCAAGGCUAAGAUCGAGCGCCCGGGUUCCGACCUCACCAUCGUUUCUGUUUCCCGUUGUGUCGGCCAGUCCCUGUCUGCUGCCCAGACCCUUAAGCAACAGUACGGUGUCGAUGCUGAAGUUAUUAACCUCCGCUCGAUCAAGCCCCUCGAUGUCGAGACCAUUAUUGCCUCCCUCAAGAAGACUGGUCGUCUGAUGGUGGUUGAGUCCGGUUACCCCAUGUUCGGUGUUGCCUCCGAGAUCUUGGCUCUUUCCAUGGAGUACGGCUUCGACUACUUGACCGCGCCUGCUGUCCGUGUGACCGGUGCUGAGGUUCCCACUCCCUACGCCGUUGGUCUCGAGAACAUGAGCUUCCCCCAGGAAGACACCAUUGUCACCCAGGCUGCCAAGCUGCUGCGUCUGUAA